GUGGCAUCAGGAUGCAUUUCCCCUUUCAGUACAGGAAUUGGUUCACUUGACAAACUGGAUUUGAUUGGAGAUCAACCAACGCUUGAUUUGGAUUUACAAAUCUCAGACACUCUGUAAGAGGUUGGGCAGCAUGCUGUGAUGGGGCACUUGUAAAUGAAUCUUGCCUGCCAUGCACCCCACAGGGAGUGUAGAUGCCAGCUUUUCCCGUACAACUGUGCAAACUCUGUCUCGUAGCCAUUGCCGGAACAUAAAACAGAAGAUUUCUCAAUGGGAGGGUCGGACAAAAGGGAAUUGCCAGGAGCAAAGGCAGAAACCCAAAGACUUUGGAGUCAAGUAUGGCCAUGACUCCAAGGAUCAGCCAGCUGGUCCUGAUCAUGGCAGGAAGGUAGAAGGUUUACUAAAUGUCAGGAGUCUUGGCUUAGAUUUCCGGGAAAACCCUCAUCUCUGCUCUGUGACUGAGGAGGAGGAGGAGAGACUCCAAGAGGCUGGUGUUUCAGACAGCCUUGUGGCUAAGCCACUCUCCAAUGGUGUGAUAUCUGAAGAAGAGGAUGAUGAGGACUGGGAAGGGGAGAGGUUGCCCCCAGGGAACUUCUACACCUCACGGGAUCUGUGGAAACAGAUAGAAGCCCUUACCCCUGACAAAAAGGCUUUGGACUUGAAAAGGAAAAGGGAAAGUUGUGGCUCAACAGAUAAGGAGCUGAAUGCUGUGCCAACAAAGAGUUUGGAGAAUAUAUACUGUGAUGUUGAGGGCCAGGAGGGGCAGCCACCAGCCAUUAAUCCAGUACCCAAACCGCGAAGGACUUUCCGUUACCAUUCAGAGGGCUGUAAUGGAAGCCAUGUUGAGCAGAAGCUACCAGAACGCCAGUGUAAUGGUGGCUGCCCUACAAACUCUCAAGACCCUGAACAGAAAGUGGCCAGAAGAGGCCUCCGGGCCAGAUCAAAGAGAAAGUCCUUUGAAUUUGAAGAUAUCCAAGGCUAUCGAAACAGGAUAGCUGCCUUGGAGUUCCAAAAGCUCCAUGAAGAAUUGAAUGGCACUACAGAUGUCCGCCUCUAUUGCACACAGUCAGAGGACAAUCUCUAUGAGGACAUUAUUGAUCCUGCUAAGGAGAAUCUAUAUGAAGAUAUUAAAGUGAAGCCACUGUGGAAGAUCCCAGCUGCUUGGAAGCUGCCUCCUGCCCGGAACACCUAUAAGCCACCCAAGCUUCCCCCCAAGCCACAUUUCCUUCAUCGCAAAACCCUGGAGUUAAAGAGUGCUCGGAUCUGCCUACGUGGGAAGCUGGCAAAAGACACAACUCUACCUGUUACACUGACUGAAUGGAAGUUCUUUAAGGCAGGCGAGGCUGGAAGCAGGAAGAAGAAAAAUCUUCCACGGCUUGUGUUGAAGAUACAGGAGAUAUUUGACUCCAAACGAGGGAAGAAGAAGGUGAAGUUGGUGACUAAUACAGGAAAAGAAGCUUCUCCAGCCAAAGGUGAAACCAAUGGCUAUGACAGUGAACCAGAGAAUUUGCCAAAAAGUCGUCAUAAGCGCCUGCUGCAAGUACAGGCUCAAUCCAAGAGGAACCCCCAUUACCAGACGCUAGAGCGAGACCUGAUAGAAUUCCAGGAGCAGCAGCUUUUUGAGCUCUUUGUAGUGGUGUCAUUGCAGAAGAAGCCAUCAGAAGCAACAUACACCCCACAGAUUAUUCAGCAGUUUCCCAGCAAGCCUGACCACCCCUUUCGGCAACCUAAAGAUGCUGAGGAGAGGCUGAAGGUCAUCCCCAAAUUCUGUUUCCCUGACCCCAAGGAUUGGUGUCCAACAUCUGAGUCAAAGAGUGAAACCUUUUCCUUUGUGCUGACGGGUGAAGAUGGCAGUCGCUGGUUUGGAUAUUGUAAGAAGCUUCUGCCUGAAGGCAAAGGCAAACGGCUGCCUGAGGUGUACUGCAUGGUGAGUCGCCUAGGAUGCUUCAACCUUUUCUCUAAGAUCUUGGAUGAAGUGGAGAAACGACGUGAGAUGUCCCCAGCCUUGGUGCAUCCAUUCAUGCGCAGCGUCAUGGAAGCACCAUUCCCUGCUCCUGGCCGCACCAUCACUGUGAAGAGCUUCCUGCCAGGUGCAGGAAAUGAGGUGAUUGAACUUUGCCGUCCACUAGAUUCCCGACUGGAGCAUGUGGACUUUGAAUGUCUGUUUAAGUGUCUUAGCGUCUCUCACUUGAUUCAAGUCUGUGCUUCUCUCCUGCUGGAAAGGAGGGUGAUCUUUGUGGCUGACAAUCUAAGCACCUUGUCUAAAUGUGGCCAUGCCGUGGUUGCAACAUUGUACCCGUUUACCUGGCAACACACCUAUAUCCCAGUCCUACCCGAUUCCAUGAUAGACAUUGUCUGUUCUCCCACCCCAUUCCUGAUCGGCAUCCUCUCCUGCUCUUUAACACAACUCCAGGACUUGCCUAUAGAAGAGGUACUGAUUGUUGAUCUCUGUGCUGAUGAGUUUUUGCAGCAGGUUUCAGAUGAAAAUGAGAUUCUACCUCACAAGCUCCAGGCUGCACUUGUACAGGUACUGGAAGAAAGAAAUGAAAUCCUCUUUCAGGAGCGGAAUUACACGCAAGGUGAUGUGACUCUGGCCUCCUUGGUGUCAGAAGCUUUUGUGCGUUUCUUCGUGGAGAUCGUGGGACAUUAUUCCUUGCACAUGCACAUCACGGAGAAAGGGGAACGAGUGUUCCAGCGAGAGCCUUUCCGGAAAUCACACACCUCUCGCAGUGUACGCCAUUUCCUAGAUAUCUUCAUGGAGACACAAAUGUUUGCAGGUUUUAUACAGGAUCGAGAGCUUCGUAAGAGUGGGGUCAAAGGCUUGUUUGAAGUCCGUGCUCUGGAGUACUUGGAGACCAUUCCAGAGUCUGAGCCAAGUGGGAUGAAUAAAAUACUUCGCAGUCUGGGUAGUAAAAUGAAGUUUCUACAAAAGAAGUGAGAAGUUGCAGAAUUGCUGCUAAAGGUGGUUCUGCGUUCUCGGUCACAACAAGAUGUUGCUCCAUUGUGUAUUGCUGUGGGACAGAUGGGCUCACUGGAACUUGGCUCAGAUGAGCUUCAAGUGUCUGGAAGAAACUGCAUCACAUCCAAUUGGAGUAUUGCUAAGAGAAAGUGGACUUUCCUGGUUUUUGAAGGGGAACCUUGAUCAACUGAGUGAGAUAUCCCUGUUUAUGCUGCUUGGCCUGUUCAUAGAAGACUUUGGAUCAAAGCAAUCCAACGUCUAAAUUGAUACCUUUAAAAGGAUGCGUGAACUAAGGAAAAACAAUGAAUCCAGGAAGUGGUCUGUACCAAUACUGCACUGCAGAAAUUCUCUGCACAAGGCAGCUUCCUUUAAAACUGGAAUGGCAAAGCCUUUUUACUUGUCUUCAUCUGUCAUACCAGCCUGUCAGUUUCUCUAGUAUCGGCCUUGAUCCAUCCAUGUUCUCAUGUUCAUUGCUGAUUGUACUUAUAUAUUGCAAAGCUUUAUAUUUUGCAGCUGUUAUAAGCAAAAUGAGAAUUUAUGCUUCUUGUUUGCUGUUUUGGUUUUGUAUUUUCUUUGAUGUCAAGACAGAGAUUCUUUGCAUUUUUACAGAACCAUCUUUGCUAUGGGGGAAUAUGCCUUAUUUAGGAAUUUUGUACUUGCCAAGAAACUUCCAUUUGAUCCCAAUCAGAAGCAUGAAGAUCCCCCCCCCCCCAUGGUAGAAUUAAAAUGAACUAGUUUUUGUUUGGUAUGGCGCUAACAUGAAAUAGAGGAGUUUCUUGUAGACUGUAUUUUGCUGUGAGUGUGAGCCAGAAAGAAAUGGGUUCAUCUUUGAAUGCAUAAUUGCCUUCUGUUGCUACUGCUGAACAUCCACCACAAAUACUUCAUUUCUGAAAUCUAGGUUUGUAGCGAUCUGCUGUUAGGAAAUAUUGGUAUCUUUUGUAGCCAGUCUCAAGGGAAGAAAACUUUGCAGUGUGCCAUGCAGACCCUUCCCUAAUGGGUUUGCACACUUUGUGGAAUAACUGUCUAGAUACAUGAUGUCCAAUAUCUAUUGCCACUCUUAACCAAAUAUAACUAACAAUGACACUUGCUCAGUGGAUUACUCCGGCUACACUUACCUUUACUUUUGCCUCUGUGGAUGAAUCACUGUAGUUGGAGACUACACUUUAAUGAAGCUUUACUAUAUGUUUACAUGUAAACAAAACAAUAAAAUGGGUCGGUGCAACCUGGGAGUAAACAAUGGCCCAGAAGAGGAAUUUUUAAUGAAAUGUUUAAGCUUUGGAUGCUGGUGAAGUGGUUUGAAUUGUCCUGGGCACAUAGGUAAAUUAACCUCUGGGCUUGAAUGAAAUGUUGGAUUUGGUUUUGCAUGGCUUGAUGGGCCAGUGAGAGAUCCUAAAUAGUUCUUUCCUCACUACCUGCAAAGAUCAAGGAGGAAAAAAAACUGAAAAAGAAAUCCUGAAGAACUUGUGACAUUUUACUUCAAAAUUUGUACCCUGAGUAGCAGUUUCUGCAUUUGCUCUGUACCACCAGCUAUUUCAAAGUUUUUAUUCAGUGAUUUGCCACUGGUGGAAUGGCAAAAGAACAUCCACUUGUGUUAGGCCAACAGCUCUUUCUAGGCAUGUUUACUCAGGAGUAAUUCCACUGAAUUCAGUAGUAUUUACUCUAUACAAAGUUCACCUAAGUUUUCAGCUUGACAGUAAUCCUAACUAUACUUUUUCUUGAGAAAAAAGGGCCUUUGAAUACUAUAUUGCUUACUUCUGAAUAAAUAUGAUAGGAUCCAGCUACAAGGCUGUGGUCCUUUAUACUGUUGUAGCCCAAAUCUAUGGGUAUUUGAGCAGAACUAAGUCCCUUUAUGUUAAUGGGAGCUUAGUCUCAGUGAAAUGUGCAUAGAAUUUCAGCCCUAGAUGGAAAGGUCCAUGGAAUUUACAGGGAUUUAUUACUGUGUAAACUUGCAUAGUAUUGUGCUGUAACAAGUGGGUUCAAAAUACAAGUAAAGGAAAUAUUUUUUCUUUGGAUCCCUUUGAGAAAAUGUUUGAGAACCACUGACUAGCUUCGUUUGCUGCUGCAGUUCUGUUUGGAAUGUUAUAUGAUGUAACAUCUUACUGAACUAUAUGUUUGAUAAGAGGAAGCAAAGUAAGGUAUUAAUUUCUAAUAUGUUUCUGCACUUAGAAAUUAUCUUCCAAUUUCUGUUUGAUUGGAAGAGCAGGAAGAAAAUGCUUCAAGCACUUGCAAUUCCACUCUCCUCAUCCACCUCUGGGAUGUGGUCUGGUUAGUGUAAUCCUAUAGGAUGUAACACCCACCUUUAUCAUUCCUGUCAUACCACUGCACAUGGAAACAGAACUGGCUAUUGCUGGUCUCUCUUCAACACGGUGCUUCCAUGUUCUGCAGCCUGCGUUGUUCCUUCUGAACAAAGCCAUAUUCUGUGAUAUAUAAGUGAAACCAAAACUGUGUGUACAGUAACACAAUUGUAAUAAACCAAGUUCCUUUGGGAGCAUGGUUCAAAUAAAAUGUGCUUUUUUAAUGGA